GACGUUGACAGGAGUCAUUUUACAACACCCCCCGAAAACCCAGUCGUUGGUUGUUUUUUCAAUAUUAUGAUGCGGUUGUUAUUGAUACUGUUGGUAGGCUUGGUGAUUGUAGAGUCAAAGGCUGGCGCUCCACCGCCCAGCCGGACGAUUUACCACAAGUACAAGCCGCUGGACCUCGGCCCGACGCCCUUUGUCGACGAAGUCACGGGUCAAUGUAUCCUCAGCCCGUGCGAUGCGCUCGGACGGGCCAGGGACGAGCUCUACAGCAUCCUGGACGAGAAGGAAAAAGUGCAGAGCCAAAGUCGGACCCUGAUCGGCGAACUACAGCAGGCCGUCGGGGCCGGCAAAGACGCCCAGGAUGCGCUCAGGAAAAUCAUUCAUUUGAUGGAGCAGAGAAUCCGCAGUCUGGAACAGUCAGUUUGGACGCUGGACAAGAGUGUACCACGCUGGAACAAAUGUUCCGAAGGGCCUUGUACGUGCACGGCCGAAACUCGGACCGUUUCGUGUUGGCGGUUGGAUUUGACUUUCGUCCCGCGCAGCCAGAACAUCCCGCACGAUACCAAAGCCUUGGAUAUGGGGGCCAAUCGACUCGGCACGCUCAACAAGGACGCCUUCAAAGGCAUGAUUCUACUCAACGAAUUGGAUUUAUUUGACAACCAGAUCGAGUAUCUCCCCGACACGGUAUUUGACAGCCUGGAGAAUUUGAUCAAUCUGAAGAUACACAAAAAUAAACUGAAAGUCCUCGACGAGAAGAUAUUCAUCGCCAACAUCAAUCUGGAAACGCUAGAUAUCUCCAAUAACGAACUGAGUGAGGUGCCAGUCGGAGUAUUCCGGACACUGAGGCGCCUGACUGUACUUCAUUUGUCUAGCAAUAAAUUAGAGCGACUGGACGAGUAUUUACUGCGCGGUCUUAAUCAACUCGAAGAUGUCGACUUGUCCCGAAAUGAACUCACCGAACUCCCGCCGUUACUCCUCGACGGUUUAAUGAAGUUAAAGACGGUUAAAAUCAGCGACAACAAAGUCAAAUUCCUGCCUGCGGGACUCUUUCGCGGAUUGGCCGACGUCGAAGUGCUUCAGCUGCAGAAUAAUGAAAUCGCCGACUUGCCAAACAAGAUCUUUCACGAUCUCACAAGUCUGAAUCAGCUAGUCUUAACCGGCAAUUCCAUCGUCCACAUCUCCCCCGGAAUCUUUUCAAGUCUGGGACAGUUGCACGAGCUGCACAUUGGCGGGAACUUAUUGGAAAAUCUGUCGUCCGGUGUAUUCACUGGCAUGGAACGGCUGGAGAAAUUAUUCAUACUUUCCAAUAAUCUCCGUGAUAUUGAUUCGGAAGCUUUCAUCGGACUCCCCCAAUUGCUGUGGCUGGCUCUCAACAACAAUCUUUUGACGACGCUGCCGCACGACGUCUUCGAGCCCGUGCCCAAACUCCAGCGGAUGCAACUCGACAGCAAUCACUUCAUGUUCCUUCCAGAAGGAACUCUGGAGCCACUCAAGAAUCUCCAGUACGUGAAUUUGAUCAAGAAUCCCUGGCACUGCGAUUGCUCCAUCCUUUAUCUGACGAGAUGGAUCAACGAACACUCUGAUUUGAUAUGGGAUUAUCAACCCAAGUGCCGCGGUCCCGGCGAGCUCGGCGGUAAAUCUGUUUACACCAUGACGUUUAACGACGUCUGCGACGGACAGUGGGCGUCUAUGAUGUCUAUCAAAAAUCGGGUUCGAGCCAGAGUCCGUUAAAAGAGGAUCGUAUAAACCAGCGCUUCGUCGUAUAACUUUGGCUUUCUCUAUACCGACAUAUCCGCAUAAUUUAUUUCACUCCUUGAUUCAAGUUAAUUCAACUUAUCAAUGCAUGAGUACUACAUUUCAUACCAAGUUCAACCAUUUCUUGUGAUGGGUCUAAUGAAUUUAGUCGGCCUCGCUGUUAAAUUAUUACAAUGUCUAGCUCUAGCAUUAAUCCUGUAAAGUAUAUAACUCAAUAAAGAAU